AUGGAAGAAAAAGACAAACAUAGAACCAGUCUUGUCGAAGAUGCCGUGCAAAAUAACUCUUCAGAGUCCGCCGGGGAAGUGCAGGACUGGGAUGAAUCAGAGGAGAAAGCCCUUGUGAGAAAGAUCGACCUGAGGGUGUUUCCGAUGCUUUGCAUCAUCUUCGGACUUUCGUUGCUCGACCGAACCAACAUCUCCCUUGCAUACAUUGCCGGAUUGUCAAAGGACCUACAGUUGCAGAUUGGGGCGAGAUACAACGUCGCGCUUCUGGUCUUCUUCAUCGGAUAUGGAAUAUUCGAACUUCCUUCAAACCUCGUUAUCCGGCGCGUUGGAGCCCGAUGGUGGUUAAGCUUCCUUGUAACUGCUUGGGGAGCUUCUGUACUUGGAAUGGGGUUUAUCCACAACUGGCAAACACUGACGGUCUUACGGACUCUUUUGGGUAUUUUCGAAGCUGGCCUGUUUCCCGGGGCUGUGUUCAUAAUCGGGUCUUGGUACAAGCAGUUCGAGAUGGCCAAGCGGAUUUCCUUCUUCUACAUGGCUGCACUCGUUGCCAGUGGCUUCGGCCCAAUAAUUGCAUACGCUCUCUCUCUUAUCCGGGUAGGUGACGGCAUGUACGCAGCCGGCUGGAGGUGGAUUUUCAUCAUCGAAGGAGCAUUCACGGUAGCGGUCGGAAUAGUUGCCGUGUUUCUGCUCGUCGACUUUCCCGAAAAGGCAACCUUUCUCAACCCACGCGAGAAGCACAUCGCAGCAAAUCGCGUCCAUGCAGACCAAGUAUCUCGCGAGUACGAGCACCCUACUAUAAAACAAGCCCUCUCAAUGCUAAAAGACUGGAAGGUCGGGGUUUACACUCUGAUAUACUUUGUCCCUGCUUCUAGUGUGUACUCACUGUCCUACUUCAAGACGAUCAUUCUCAAUGAGGGCAUGGGAUUUAACUACGCGAUGUCGCAGCUUUUAUCGAGCCCUCCUUAUUUAUUUGCUGUCGCUGCAAGCAUGUUCAUGGCGUGGAUAUCAGACAGGUAUCGAAUCCGGUGGAUGAUCCUAUGUAUCCAAUCUGGCUUUGCCAUCAUUGGUCUAUUGAUCAUGAUUUACGGAAAGCUACCAGGAGUUCGUUAUUUUGGAAUGUUCCUUGCCGUCUUCGGCGCACAAUCUAAUGUCCCAGGGACAUUAGCAUAUGGCCAGAAUCAAACGGCGCGACCAGAGAAGAGAGGAGUAGUCUCGGCGGCCAUGAUCUCAAUAGGUGCCGCUGGAGGCAUCGCAGGUAGCACCAUGUUUCGAAGCCAAGACGCACCGCUCUACCUCCCUGGAAUGUGGUCCACAAUUGCGCUACAGAUUUGCUACUCGAUUGCUGUAUUUUCCAUGUCGAUGUAUUUGAAAAGGCAGAAUAGACUGGCAGACCAAGGAAUCAAGCCCGUGCUGGAGGGUGUGAGCGGCUUCAGAUAUGCGCCUUAG